CAUUCCAUGGUUCUGCACUCCCGAAAUGCACAAGCUUGAAACAUUUUUUCUGUCCGCCCUUGUUGCGUGCAAUCUUUACGGAAUGGUUAUGUCCCAGGAUGAGACCUGUUCGGUUUGUGUCCUGCAGGAUGCCCCAUCGCAAUGUGGGGCUUACUGUCUUGGAGUACUUCAACCUUUGGGGGAUCAAAUCGAAAAUAUCCAGAAGCAACUAAGGUUGCAAGCUACAACCCACGGAACAACUCUAGCAAUUCUGGACACCAUGCAAAAAAAUACCCAGGAGAAACUAGAAGUGUUUCAAAUGGAAAUGCUGAAACAUCUGGAUCAAAUAAAAGUCGAAACGAAUGAAAGACUGGACAGAAUUGAGGCCAUGAUCGAGAGAAGACCGGUAGUAACUGAGGCACCGAAAACGAACACUAUCCCACCAGGGUUUCAACGGAUCGGAACCCGAUACUUCUACAUUGAAGAAGAAAUACAGAAAAACUGGAUUGAUGCUAAAUUCUUCUGUCUACAAAAAGGAGGAUACUUGGCAGCCAUCCAAAAUCAAGAGGAGUUCGAUGCCGUCUUACUGAAACUCAAGGAAAACAAUCGUUACUGGCUGGGCAUAAACGAUAGAAGCUUUGAAGGGGUCUAUAUAUCUGAGGCUUCCGGAAAUAGGGCGCCAUUUCUCAAGUGGUUUGCCGGAGAUCCCGACAACAGAGACAACUACGAGAACUGCGUUGGCAUUAAUCUCAGCAAAGAUCACCGCAAAAAUGCAACAGAAAUCCCAGCUGGAAGGAUUUAAGAAAACCAACCCAGAAAACAUUAUGGAGAGGGUGGCUAUAUAGCCUCCGUUAAGGUCCAAGAAGAACUGGAUGCAAUCACGGCGAAACUGGAUAAUAAACGCUACUGGUUGGGCAUAAACGAUCGAGGCAGUAAGGGGAACUACCCGUCAGAGGCAUCCGGAAAGAAAGCCCAAUUUUUGAAGUGGCGAAGUGGACAACCCAACAAUAUAGCGAGCAAUGAGAGAUGCGUUGAACUUGUUGGCGGCGAAAUGAACGAUGAGUCGUGCUCCCUAAAUCUGCAUAUCAUUUGCCAAAGUGACAUUGAUGUUUAGCUAAGAAAUUUAUAAACAUUCUAUAAAUAAUAAAUAAAAUAAAAAAUGAAAGCAUUUUAA